UCUCCCUGGGUAACUCGCAGACGUCAAACUCAUAGAGAAAGAGAGAGGGAGAGAUAGAGAGAGGGAGAGAGAACGAGACUCACUCCAGAGGAAGUAUUAAACUCUGAGAAAACUGUGGGAGGACAGAGAGCAGAAAGAAGAGAGAAUAAACAGACGACAGUUAACAAGAGAAAGAGAGGGAGAGAGAGGCAGAGAGAAAGAGGGAGAGGGGGGUAAAAACAGGGAUGACUCAGUCUCGGAAAGUGUCAGGAGCGCAUGGAAUCGGAGAGAAAGAGAGCAGUCAUAUCCCGCCGGCACGAGCGCCCUGCGUCAGCUAAAACCCGCUAAUGCGAUCAAGAUGAGCUCCGGGCUGCAGGCUGCCGCACCACCCGGCACUUUCAUUCACUCUUCCCCACUUUCUCUCCCUCUCUGUGGCCUAGCUGAGUCUGGGAAAGCUCGGUGACUGAGGCACCAAGAAGCCUAGAGAUCUCAGGAACCAGGAGGUGAAUAAGACCUAAAAAGAUCUGGAUAUACGGCAAGAUAUCAGAGCCUAGAAUGCUCAGAUGAGGAGAGGAGAUACAACACAGAACCUCAUUCAAGUCCACCAGUGAAACCUUUAUAAAUUCAGACCACGAUGGUACAACCUGCUUCUACUGUCAUGAACAGAUUACAAGACAAGUCAAGCGGGACUGUCAGAUCUCACAGUUGGCAAGUUUUGAGCACCAAAACUCAGCAUCGUUGAUUUCCUUGUUGGUGGAUCCUUCAGAUUCUUGGCACAUUCCGCCUUCCUUCCACACAAUUGUAUACUUUCCUUGCUUGUUAUCAAGAAGGCUGGCUUUAAAUCUGGAGACCCAGUGGGGCAAAAAGGGGGUCAUUCAUCUGGAUAACACAGCCUGAAGCACAAGGACAGGAGAAAGCCUCCAGUUCUGAUCUUUGGAGACACAAACUGUUUCCACACUUACAGCUUACAGGAAGCCAAGCCAAUCGAUGUCCGUCAGACCUCAAUGUUUACUUGAAGCUUUAAACUCUCCAAAAGAGUCGCAGUGAAGACUCAGUACUGUAGGUUUCCCAGUGGAUCUGUUGGAUUCUUAGACCUUUUUCAAUUUGCUUUUUAUUCUGUUGUUUGGGUUUUUUUGAAGACAUUCACAAGAGCAGCCUCGAGCUGUCCCUCUGGCUGGGGAUACAGUUUUAGAGAGCUUGCUGCCCUGGAGACUUGUGACCUCAGCGACCUGGAUGACUCUGAGACAGGGCAGUGUCAGGCGAGUGAGAUCGCCACUCGGCGGGGACUGGGGGUAACAGGUCGCGACAUCGCCACGACUGGACAUCACCAGCCAGCAAACAGUGACAACCAUUCACAGAGAAAAGAAGGGAAGAGGAAAGGUCUGCUUUAAUGCUUUGCGUGGGUGGCUGGACCAGAGGAUCUAUGGGAUAGUGCAGGUCGUCGGCCAUGCCUGUAGCCUUGCGCAAGAAGAGCUGGGAGGAUCAUGUGACCCCACGCUCAAAAACACAGUACAGUUACGAUGACCUUGACCUAGUCUGUUGCCACGGCAUCGUUGGAGACAAUGGCUCACCAACGGGAUUGAGCCGGCGAGAGAGGUGUGCUUCCAUGCCAGAAUGUUGCCAUCACCGGCCAGGGAUUGGGAGUAGUGGUGAGGGUAGUGAGGGUAAUGAUGAUGUUGCAACCAGGAGGACAAAGACAUUAUUUGGAUUGAAAGAUUUGGCACCCUCUAGGUGUGAAAGUGAAAAUGCACUGUCAAACAGCAAGAAUAGAGAAACAGGUCGUGUCCAUGAGACAGACACUUCGGUCCAAAGUACAAUGACUGAGAAGGAUAUUAAUCAAUCAUCAAGAAGCUCUGCAGGACAGGGCUCUGGUCACAGCCAGUCAACACCUGUGGCUGAUCAAAUUCCUAGUGAUGACUUUGGAAAUAACAGCAAUAGAAUUCACAAGAAAGAUGAAGAAACUGCUGCUCUCCCUACGUCCUUUUCCUCUGUCCCUUCUUCUGCAAAUGGUCUAGAAGAGGACCCCAAGAAACCUGAUUUUCCUACAAUUGCAUGUAAAGAAGAUUGCACUGAUAUAACCCCUAAAGAAGAAAAAGAAAAAGCAAAAAAAUUGAUGCAAAACUCAGCCACAGAGUUAACCGGAAUCAAGGACAGAAUUGAGACUGUUGGUGAUUCUGUGGCAGAAGCUUUCUCAAUAAAUAACCAAGUGCAAAUAAAUGGAUUUGUUGAAGGAACAACCUUAGCCAAGGACAUAUCUGAAGAGGCCUCAUCUGCACCACUUUUAGGUGAGGAACACAGUGGUGUAGAAGGUCAAAGUCAUGAAGAAAAGACUGGCCUUUUGAAUGCGGAUGUGACCGAUGAGGUUACACACUCUGGGGUGGUCAUUCCAGAUGUUAGCUUUGAUACUAACAUUCCAAAUCUUGACAUUCAAAGUAACUGUAUAGCAAACAGCCAGAACAGUGACCAGGUGGUCACUGUUGGUGAGUUUUUGCAAUCUCAAAACCUCAAUGCAUCCUCUGACCUUGAAUCUUCUCCAUGCUUGCCAGAAUCUAGCACCAGUGCUGACAAGCGUGUCUCUAAACUGGACACAAUCCUUGAAGUGUCCUUUCCUGAGUCAGGAGAGGACAUAAUUGCCCAGGAGAUGGCAGAGGUGUCUGACUGUUCCACAACACUAAUGGGCUCCAAAGAUAUGGAUAACAGCCCACUGCAGAAGGAAGUGUUUCAGAAAUGUUCUUCUGGGACAAUAGCUGAGCAGGAAUUUUUGGGAAACUGCCAAAACAGUGAGGUCAACGAGCUUCCGGUUGUCAGUGAGACUUCUUUGGAAAGCAACAUGGGAGUGCCCCAAUCUGCUGGACCCAGCAUGAGUCAUCAGGAAAGCCCAAAUUUGGAUGGGUUAGAGAGACCUCAGGAACCCCCUGUUAAACUGCGUACACGGAAGAGUUCUCGAGAGGACAGAGAGAAGGAGCGGUCUCGUCUGGACUCCAUGGUUCUGCUCAUAAUGAAGCUCGACCAGCUGGACCAGGAGAUCGAGAGCGCUCUAAGCUCCGCCCCCUCAAACAAUGGCACACCCACCCUCAAGAGACGCAUCAUCUCCGAAGUGGAUUUAGAGUCUCUGGAUGGAGAUGAAAGUCUGUCCGGUUCUUCGCGCUCUCUGAACACUCCUCAUCAUCAGUCAUCAUCGUCGCUGUCCUCCACGGGGCUGAGCGGGACCCCCGGGGCCAAACCCAAGAACAGGACCUGUGCGCCAUUGUCCGAGAAAACCAGGGCAGAAAUCGAAGCGAAGGAGGCGUGCACCUGGCUGCGGGCCGCCGGUUUCCCCCAGUAUGCACAGCUCUAUGAAGAUGGUCAGUUUCCAAUUGAUAUCUCUUCAGUCACCAGAGAUCAUGACUUUCUGGAUAGAGAUGCCAUUGAAGCACUUUGCAGGAGGCUGAACACUCUGAAUAAGUGCGCCUUGAUGAGGCUCGAAAUCACUCCACAGAGAAAGAGAAGUGAAGACUCAGAUGAUGAUGAACCUUGUGCCAUUAGUGGUCGCUGGACCUUCCAGAGGGAUAGCAAGCGGUGGUCUCGGCUGGAUCAGCUGGACCUGGACGUCUUCUCUCCUCCAGCAGGGGAUGUCAUGUCUGCCCCAGCCUUCCUUGCCUCCCAGGAUAAGCAUCUGCCUGGAGGCCCCCUGUUGCGGGAGGGUGUUAGCGCUAGUGCUGAGAGUGUGCUAACUGAUCUUAGCGAGCAGCCAGAGGUGGGAUCCUUGCACAGUGCUGGAAGUGGUGGCCGUGGACCCUUGCGUAGCACUACAGUCCCGUCCAGCCCUGUUACCCCCAUUUCUAAUGUUGCUACAGCCUCCACUACCCGUGCUAGCUCAGUUGCUAGCAUCUGCUCUUCAGGGACUUCUGGAGCUAAUGAGGACUCUCUUUCUGAAGGCCUUCCCUCUCCACUGGAACAUGGAAGCUUUCAAUUUGAGGCCAAAACCAUCUCAGGGAGUAGUGGAGGCAGUAAAAGCACACGUUCAAGGGCAAGGAGCUUCCUAAAGCGUAUGGAGAGCCUGCGACUGCGCAGUGGCAGCACAACUUCAAAACGUAAGAAGAAGGGUACAGCUGGCCAGGGAAGGCUGGAGAUCAGUGGGCCAGUGUUGAAAGAAGGAUUCGACGAGGACAAGUUACGUCGGUUAAACUGUGUUGAUAUUUCCACUGUAGACCGCAAUGGGAACCGGAACCGCAGCAUCUCCUACUCCACCCAGACGAGCAGCGGAAGCACGGGAAGCAGCCAAUCAGAGACCAGCAGUGGCAGUGCUGUGAGUACUCCCAGUCCAGUUACAAGGGCACGGAGCCACAGCACAGCAGCUGGCUCGACCAAGCGGGCUGGGAUGUACCUGGAAGGGUUUGACCCCUUUAGCCUAGUUUUGGUGCAGAAGAAUGAGAACCUGGACAACCAGAAUCGAGGAAGAAGCAUGGAACCUAACAUGAUUGCUGAGAAGAACCAAAGAAACUACAAAAGGUUGGAAGAGAGGCAGGCUGAAGACGAAAGAACAGAAGACAAAAGUGGGAUGAUUUACUUUUUCUUGCCUGAAGGUCACAAGCCCGGCACCUUCCCCAAAGCACUUGCCGAUGGUGGACCUUGCCAUCGGGUUACCAAUGCAAACCGCAGAGUGCCCCGUCGAGGCUCCUCCACCUCAUUAGACAGUCGGUUGAGUUUCUACGACAACGUGCCCUUCCCUGAAAUGGCAGAUGAAGAGGAGGAGGAUGAACCAGAAGGAGAAGAAGAGCCAAAGAUGGAAGAGGUGCUUGAACAAGUUAGUGACUUGCAGCGAUUGGUCAGUGCUUGGUCAGAAUCAGGGCCAGGGGAUGAAGAAGAGGAGGAAGAAGAGGAAGGGGACUCUGAUUCAGCUCUGGAUUCUGCUUCCCCUUGUCCGUCAUCCCCGUUGCAAAACCAUUUGGAGGAGGCAGAGAACGGAAGUGACCAGGACAAUCCACUAGGUGAACAGGAUGACUCGCUCAGCGCCAGAGAGAGACGAGAUUCCGGUGUGGAUGCAUCACUCACUCAUACCAACAGGUGUCAGAAGCUGCGCUGGCCCAGUUUCCAGAGUUCCCAUAGGACGAGUGUGACAUCGUCUCUGCUGCAGGUGGGCUGCCAGUCUGUCCUGCAAAUGAACCUGCUGCAGAAAUUCAGCCUGCUGACGCUUACGGCACUGCUGGAGAAACAUACGCCCACCAACAAACACGGCUUCAGCUGGGCCGUGCCGAAGUUUAUGAAGCGGACAAAGGUGCGGGACUUCAAGGACCGGAGUGUGUUUGGGGUCCCACUGCAGGUGAACGUUCAGAGGAGUGGUCAGCCCCUCCCACAGGGCAUCCAGCAGGCCAUGCGCUACCUCCACAACCACUGCCUGGACCAGGUGGGACUGUUCAGGAAAUCGGGGGUUAAAUCACGGAUCCAGGCACUCCGGCAGAUGAACGAGUCGUGCGGGACAGACGGGUGUGGGGUCAGUUACGAAGGCCAGUCGGCCUAUGACGUAGCGGACAUGCUUAAGCAGUACUUCAGAGACCUGCCGGAGCCUCUGUUCACCAGCAAGCUCACUGAUACAUUCCUGCAGAUUUAUCAAUACAUGCCUGAAGACCAGCGUCUGCAGGCAGUUCGUGCUGCGGUGUUGUUAUUACCUGAUGAAAACCGCGAGACGCUGCAGACUCUGCUGUGCUUCCUCAAUGACGUCACCGUGAAUGUGAAAGAGAACCAGAUGACCUGUAGGAACCUGGCAGUGUGCCUGGCUCCCUCACUCUUUCACCUCAACACAGCCAAGAGAGACGAUUCCUCGCCCAGAGUAAUGAGCAGGAAGAAUGCGCUGGGUAAGCCUGACCAAAGAGACCUGAACGAAAACUUGGCAGCGACAGGCGGCUUGGAACACAUGAUUCAGGAGUGCAGGACGCUGUUCCAGGUACCGGAGGAGAUGUCCUGUUGCAGGAACUCAUAUGUAGACCAGGCCCUGAGUCCAGUGCGGAUGGACGAGCUGCUGGAUAGCUACAGAAGCUUAAUUAAGGAGAGCAUGGAGACGCUGCUCAAAGAAGCCAAGGACAGGUUCCGAGGAUACGACAGCUGCGGCACUCCUGAACUGGCCUGCAGAAAGGUUAAUGAUGGCCGGACUCUGCGGCAGUGGAAGGUGUGCGUGGAGGUGGCGGCGCCACCGGAAGAUGUCCUGCAGCGGAUCCUCCGCGAGCAGGGCCGCUGGGAUGAGGACCUGUUAGAGAGCAGGGUGGUGGAGACGCUGGACAGUUCCUCUGAGGUUUACCAGUACGUCCGAAACAACAUGGCUCCACACCCACCCACAGACUACGUGGUGCUCAGGUCGUGGGUGACGGACCUUUCUAAAGGUGCGUGUGCGCUGGUGGGUGUGUCAGUGGAUCACGAGGCUGCAGCGGUGCUGGGCGUGCGUGCCAAUCUGCUAACAUCCCGCUACUACAUCGAACCCUGUGGGACCAAUAAGAGCCGCCUCACAUACCUCUCCAGAGCAGACUGCAGGGGCCGCUGCCCAGAGUGGUACAACAAGCUGUAUGGCCACCUGUGCGUCUCUGAACUGGUGCGAAUACGAGACUCUUUCACAUGCCCACUGGACAAAUGAGCAUGCACACUUGGAACGUCAUGUUAUUCCUUUUGGAGGACUCUAAUGUGAGAAGGGAGAGGAAGAUGAUGAAGAUAAAGCAGACAGCGACUGCACGCUGAUUCAGCAAAAGCUAGUAAAGGACACGCCUGCUAAUAUGGCAUCAUUAUCAAUGUUGUCAUGGACCAGUGACCUUACUUACAAUGGUUUCACAGAGAGGGACUUGAACUUGGGGGUGCUACUGCUUCUGAGAAGCAAGAAGAUAUGAGUGAGUGAGAGUGGGUGUGUGUGUGUGUGUGUGUGUGUGAGUAAGAAAUAGAGAGAGAGAGAUACGGUGGGGUCCAGAAGUCUAAAAUCACUAGUCUUAAUACUCCUAUUUUGCAAUCUUCUGAAAGUUAUUACAAAUAAUAAUACCAUCAAAAUAUAUACUAUUAGAAUAUCAAUAGAAUACUAAAAUGAAUUUCAGAAUUUCUUGGUAUUUCUUGGUUUGUACUGCUUUUACUCUAGCUGGCAUUCCCACUGCAUGGCAUUACCUCUGUGCCCAAGACUGCGCUUGAGAGUCUGAACACAUGCUUCAAUGGAAAUUAAAAUAAAAGCUGAACUUUCUGUGUAAAUGCCUUAACGUUAUCGAUGUCACAAAAUUGCUUAAAUUUGUAUAAUGAUCAACAAAUCUUGAAUAUCCUUUCUUAAUUAACUUAUCUUAAGUCCCCAGCCCGUGGCCUAGUCAAGUUCCACUAUUGCAGUGAAAAGUGUCCCGACUUGGGGCCUCAUCAAAUUCUAGUACCCCGAUGAAAGGUGUCCCGGCUCACAGCCCAGUCAGACUCAGCUACUGCACUGAAAUAUGUCUUAGCUUGUGGCCUAGUAAAUUUACACUACUGCAGUGAAAAGUGUUCCGUCUUACAGUCUUGUCAAAUUCCAGUGUCCUGGCUCAAGGCCCAGUCAGACUCCCCUAAAAUUUGUCCCGGUUCACGGCCUAGUCAAAUUUCGCUGUCAUGGAGAAAAGUGUUCCGGCUCAGGGCCCAGUCAAACUCCUGUACGAUGGCGAACAGUGUCCUGGUUCAUAGCCUAGCCAGACUUCAUUAACACAGCAAAUAUCAACCGGGCUUGUGGCCAGGUUAAACUCCACUACAGAGGACAAUAACUGUCCCGAUUAAUGGCCCAGUCAAAUUUUCCUACUGCAGUGAAGAGUGCCCUUGCUAGUGGGCUACCCAGGCAAGUCGGGAAAAUUUGGGACAACAAUA